CGUGCCCUCGCUGUGUCUUCGACUAUUACUAUUCAACCUCCUAAACUUGCACGUUCUUUGAGUAUCUCUCCUAUUAAUGGUACUAUAGGCUCUUUCUUUCUAAUUGUCUACAUUGUUGGCCAUUAAGUUUUCGUAACAAUCUACUAAGAUACCCCUGGAUUAUGAGCAUCUAUUCUAUCCUUUCACUAUUAUCAUAAUAUACCCAAAGGCAGGAGAUAUACAUCACUAAAAUGGCCUACGCUUCGAAAUACACCCCAAAACCGGCGACGGAUAUCUUUACAAGCGACACAGAUAUUGAUCGUCGACAAUGUACAAGGACGGUCCCAAUGAAAGUUCUCUUACUCGGAUGUGGACGAACAGGCACAACAUCUAUGAGAGCAGCUAUGAAACAACUCGGAUACGUCGACACAUACCAUAUGAUGAGCUGUUCCAUCGAAAACCCUCCUGACGCCUUACUAUGGAUGGACGCACUACGAGCUAAAUAUGACGGCGUUGGUCAGCCCUUCACCCGCAAGGACUGGGACAAGCUCCUCGGCAACUCCCAAGCUGUGUGCGAUUGGCCCGCCUGUGCAUUCGCCAAAGAACUCAUCGAAGCAUACCCUGAAGCCAAAGUUGUACUUACCGGCCGUGACGUUAACUCCUGGCAUGCAUCCACAAUGAAAACAGUAUACUGGCGAGUCACAGAUCCAGAACUUCGCACACUAUCGCACUUUAGCUGGGCCGCGAGCAUGUACUACCCGAUGCUAAAGAAGUUUUUCGACACCUUUUUCGAGGGCGACUUUCCGAAUCGGGGAAAAGAGGUGUUUCUUCGUCACUAUGGAGAAGUUAAGAGCAUGGUUCCUAAGGAUAGACUAUUGGAAUAUAGAGUUACGGAUGGCUGGGAACCGUUGUGCGAGUUCUUGGGCGAGUCGGUGCCCAAGGAUUGCCCGUUCCCUAAUGUCAAUGAUAAUAAAGAUUUUGUCACGCGGUCGAGACGGAGGAACAGAAACCAGAUGUUUAAUGUUGCGGCAAGAGGUUUGGAGUUUAUCUUGUUGAUUGCUCUGGCUGUGUAUCUGAUUUUCUAUGUCCAGUGGCGCUUGUUUUAAUUUGAUUUUGGGGGAGUUGGGCGGUUUACUUUACAUAGGGGCACUAUUUCAUCGAUGUAGUUUAUUUGUAUAUAUAACUUCUAAAAUAGUCAUACCAAUAGGUUAGAUUUGGAAAAGAUUUCAGUAUAAUCAUAGUGUUGUGUUCCUCUUCCAGAUUUCGUGAUCUCUACUCCUUAAUUUUCAAAGGACUUGACUAAAAAAGGGCCUAUUUUCUUCGAUCAACACCCAGCAUUCAUUUAGAAGCAAAUCAAAAUUGUAA